UUGUGAUGUAGUGAUACAAUUCAGGUUUAUGUGCUGGAGAGAAAAGUCCUGUCUCCAUCAGACAUAGCAGUUUGUUCGCUCGGUUAUCAUGGACUCCAACAUCGUGGUGGAAAACAUCUACCUCCUGGUCAUAGUCACUCUCAUCAGUGUACUUCAAAACGCUUUCUUUGCUCUGAAGGUGGAGAAGGAAUGCAGCAGUCAAAAUGUCAAAAUGUCUGCUUUUGAACGAGUUUCGUGUGCCAACCGUAACUGCAUGGAUGCUUAUCCCACUUUCCUGGCUGUGAUGUGGUGUGCCGGAGUGUGUCUCAAUCAAGCUCCUGCCGCCUUUGCUGGGAUCAUCUAUCUGGUAGUGAGACAGAAGUACUUUGUGGGAUACAUGGGACAAACCUCUCAAAGCACUCCAGGCUACCUGUUUGGCAAACGUGUCCUCUUCUUCCUGCUCCUGAUGUGUGUUGUGGGCAUUUUUAACUACCUUCUGGUGCGUUAUUACGGCAGCGACUACAAGGAGUACGUAGAGACCAUCACCAGCGCUGCAUCUGCUCUGCUCCUCAUCCCUUAACCCAGAAGGUGUCACAUGAAAAAUGAUCUUCUUUAACUGGUGAAAACUGUAUUUAAUAAAAUAGAAACACAUACCUGUUUGUAAAACAGCUUUUAUUGCAAUUGAGUUUGGUACAAAAUAAAAAUCACUUCUCACCUGA